AUGACAUCCGGGAUAGACUUGUCCCUUCUGGCUGUCACACUACUUGACCGCUUUCUACACCCCUCUCAAGGUGAAGUUCAGGAUAUUCCCGAGGAUACAGAGCCGGCGCUAGUCGUCGCGUUAGUUAGGCUCGCAGCAAAAUACGAAGGCAACCGUGGUCCAUGCCAACGGGCAGAUGACCUAUACUGCCGCCUUACAGAGACGGGAGACAAUCAAGAGGAUAUGGGCGAGGCCAAACAUGGACAGAAUCUGGACGAUGCAGAGCUUGAACAGAAGACAGCCGAGUCGAAAUGUAGAAAGAAUGUGAAUGCGACGGAAGGAAAGGUGCUGCAGGUUUUGAAUUAUGACUUGCAUUGGCCCACGCCGAUGCCUUUCGUGCGCAGGAUUCUAAGGCACGGCGACGAGACAGACUCGUUCAGAAACGCGAUAGAGAUGGUCCUGGUAAUUGCCAGUGGAGUGACUCGUAUUAUGCAACAAUGGUCGUCGGCAGACGAGUUGUCGGACGCUACGCAGAGGUUGGAAGCUGCAAUCCGGACAGAGCUGAAAGAAAGCUGUCCAUGGGUGUACCUGCCUCAACGAUGGAGACCGCGAAUAAGGUGGAUCGUAGUGCUACUUACGCAGUAUCCUAUGGAUCACGAUUGGAAUGAGUGCCGAUACCAGUUGGUUAGAAAGAAUCGCCGGUGUAAACUCCAAAUAGCCAGGAAGAAACGAGCUGAAAGAUCGCGGCUACUACGAUCAAUGCAAAACUGCGACGCUGAAAAGGUAAAUGGUGUGCUGGAGGAUGUUGGUGAGCUGCUGCUCUGCCAUCACCACCGAAAGUUUAAAACGCUGCGCCUUCAAUGGGCUCAAAGCCUUGAAGAAUUUCCGAUUUACAGGACAGAUGAUGAAUCGCCAUAG